AUGAUGGGAGAUUUAGGGGAUAAUAAUAAUGGUGGAAACAAAUUGGAUCGGAAGAAAACGAUGACGAUGAACUGGGCAGGAUUAGGCGAUUUCGAAGAAGAAGAUGAUGAUAGAUUCUUCGAAACUCAUGAUCGUCUCUCUUCUGCUUUUAGUACUCUCGACAUGGCUGCUUCUUCUUCCGAUGAUGACGAAGAAGAUGAAGAGGAUUUCGAUGACUGUCGAAUCUCCUUUUCCUCCGCCGUAUCUUCCUUAACCACCGUAUCUAACGCCUCUAGAAAAUUCCGUACUCCGGCGAUGUCUCCUGAUUACGAUAUCUGGAUGGCUGCUCCUGGAUCGAUUUCUGAGCGACGUCGUCGUCUCCUCCAUGGGAUGGGUCUCGUUAGCAAUAAGGAUAUGGUCGGUGCUGUUUCGAUUCGUCGCGUUGUCUCUAAUGCGACGGCGAUUGCUAGCAAUGGUGAAGAUAAUAAGAAGACGACGAAGAACGGCGAGGUUGAGGUUAAUGUUGAUGUUCACGAGGCUCACGAUCAUGACCAUGUUCCGGUUAUGCUCGCUAGGUCGAGAUCGGAAUCGGAUAUUGAGAGGUUUUUGAUUGAGAAAAGGAGGAAAGAAGAGAUUCUAGGGAAAAUCUCGAAGCAGAGAUUAACCAGAACGUGUUCUACAAUCGGAGCUACAAGGACCAGGACGAGAAUCUGCCAGUAUCAAACCCCAAUCAGGCAAUCACCUGCGGUGGUUUGUCGAAAUCGUGGUGGUGGUAGCUCAGACGCAUUGACAUCGGUUAUGUCGACGAAAGCUAGGCUUGGUGCGUUUUUCUUGAUUAAGAAUCUUGAUACAGGGAAAGAGUUUAUAGUGAAUGAAUAUGAUGAAGAUGGAAUGUGGAAUAGGCUUAGUGAUUUACAAACGGGGAAGCAAUUAACUUUGGAGGAAUUCGAGAAAUGCGUUGGGUAUUCACCUGUUGUUAAAGAGCUUAUGCGUAGAGAGAAUGUCAACAGGAUUAACUACGAGCCUUUCAUGGAUCUUCGGAAACUCAAUUCGUAUCUUUCGAAAAGCGUGAGGCUUAGCAAGAGAAGAGGAGCUGCAUUGCUGAAGAACAUAAAAGGUGUAGCUCAUUCAAUGAGUUUAAGAGUUGCGGAUAAAGAUGUAAGCGAUGGAAGCACGGAUAGUCCUAAAAAGGCGAAAGAUCAUAAGCACGGGAAAGCGAAUCAGUGGGUGAAAGUGAGACCAACAGGGAAAUCUUACAAGGAAUUAAGCGCUUUGCAUAUGUGUCAAGAGAUUCAAGCUCACGAGAGCGCGAUUUGGACUAUCAAGUUUAGUCCGGAUGCUCAUUAUCUUGCGAGUGGUGGAGAAGAUAGAGUCAUUCAUGUAUGGGAAGUGCAAGAAUGUGAAUUAAUGUCUAUCAAUGAAGGGAGUCGUACUCCUAUUCAUCCUUCGCUUUGUGACUCUGUGGAAAGAUCAUUUGCUGGGAAUGAGAUAACUGUGGUUGAUAAGAAAAAGAAAGGAAAAGGCUCAUCAGCUAGAAGAAGCAAUCAUAUUCCUGAAUACGUACAUGUCCCUGAAACCGUCUUUUCCUUUUCGGAGAAGCCUGUUUGCUCUUUUAAGGGUCAUUUGGAUGAUAUUUUGGAUCUGUCAUGGUCCAAAUCUCAGCUUCUCCUUUCUUCUUCUAUGGACAAAACAGUCAGGUUAUGGGAUCUAGAAACCAGAACAUGUCUCAAGUUGUUUGCUCACAAUGACUACGUUACAUGUAUUCAGUUCAAUCCAGUGGAUGAAAACUAUUUCAUAAGUGGGUCACUUGAUGCAAAGAUAAGGAUAUGGAGCAUACAGGAUCGACAUGUCGUGGAAUGGAGCGAUCUUCAUGAGAUGGUCACUGCUGCUUGCUACACUCCAGACGGUCAGGGUGCGCUUAUCGGGUCACAAAAAGGAAUUUGCCGUGCUUACGAUACAGAAGAUUGUAAGCUGAAUCAAACUAGUCAGAUUGAUGUUCAGAGCCAUAAGAAAUCACAAGCGAAGAAAAAGAUCACCAGUUUUCAGUUUUCCCCGGUGAAUCCAUCCGAAGUUCUUGUCACAUCCGCUGAUUCACGGAUUAGAAUUUUAGACGGUUCUGAAGUUAUUCACAAAUUCAAAGGCUUUAGAAACACGAACAGCCAAAUCUCUGCUUCGUAUAGCCAAGACGGGAAAUACAUAAUCUGUGCGAGCGAAGACAGUCAGGUUUACCUGUGGAAAAACGACAGUAACCGAACAUCAUCAGACACAGGCAAAAGAUCAACAGUUAUGACACAAUCACACGAACAUUUUCAAUGCAAAGAUGUCUCAGCCGCUGUUCCGUGGCACGGUCAUGUUAGAGGUGAGCCACCACCGGUUCAGAUUCACUCUAAACGCCAAUCAAAACGCAUAUCCACUUCGAGCCACCCUUCAUCCGCAACAGGCUCACCUACAAAAGAAGAAACCUCGGCCGCACCACCAACUACCUCUAACAGCAAUAAGAAACCGGGACUACCUCCUAUCCCUAAGAAAACUGCUACGCAGAGUCCGAAGCGACAACAGGAGGAAGAGGCGGGACCGGAGAUAGGAAGCAGCGAGUCAUUUGGGUCCAGUAUGAACGGUUCUGAGCAGCAUUCAUCGAGGUUUGGAGAAUCUGCUUCGAUAAACACGUCAUUAAGAUUAUCUUCGUGGUCGUGGUUCGAUGGUGGGGGCCACGGUCCACAGACCAUACAGCCGACGGCUUGGGGGAUGGUGAUAGUGACGGCUACAGUCCAUGGUGAAAUCAGAUCUUAUCAAAAUUUUGGCUUACCGAGACGAAUCGGUCGCCAAACCACUCUGUUUUGA